AUGGACGUACGCUCGCGUGUGUCGCACGGUCUGAGUGAAGAGGGAUAUUCGUUUACGAAGUAUUUUCUAUUAGAAAUGUGUUUUUUGUUGUUUGGUUACAUUACGUUCAUACCGGAGAUACAAGAGUUUUGUACGUUCGCGUUUAUUGGACUCGUCGUCGAUUUCUAUAUGCAGCAGGGUACGCCCCCGCAUUUUGCAUGCGCUGCGUAUGCGUUAGGCGGUUGCCGAUCGAUCGAUGGAUCGAAAUUGAUUAGCGAGGGCAGAAGGCGUGUUUCAGUUGUUGUUCUACGUGCCGUGUUUGGUGUUCGAUUUGUCGCGAUUGAAUCACGCAGACAAGCAGCAGUUCGCAUUAAUGCUCUUCAACUCGGACAUCAGACACUUCAAGAAGUACCCCAACUUGACGUGCGUACACUCGAUAGUCUCAUUUUUUUAAUGUAUUAUUUAGUGUAUAUACUAUUUAUUAUGUAUAUUAUUUAUUAUUUGUGUUAUUUAUUAUUGUGUAAAAGUAACGAGUAA